AUGGCGCAACCAACUCAAUCAAUAAAAUGCGUGGUAACUGGCGACGGUGCUGUGGGGAAGACUUGUUUGUUGAUAUCGUACACCACCAAUGCAUUCCCUGGCGAAUACAUUCCCACAGUCUUUGACAAUUACUCCGCCAGCGUCAUGGUAGAUGGGAAGCCCGUUUCCCUGGGACUGUGGGAUACUGCCGGUCAGGAGGAUUAUGACAGAUUGCGACCACUAUCAUACCCUCAGACAGACGUCUUCCUCAUAUGCUUUUCCAUCGUUUCACCGCCGAGCUUCGACAAUGUCAAAGCAAAGUGGUACCCCGAAAUUGAACACCACGCUCCCAAUGUACCUAUUAUCCUUGUUGGGACAAAGCUAGAUUUGAGGGAAGACAAAGCAACAGCGGACAAUCUGAGGGCGAAAAAGAUGGAACCUGUAUCUUAUGAGCAAGCCCUGGGGGUAGCCAAAGAGAUCAAAGCAGUCAAAUAUCUGGAAUGUUCGGCACUCACACAGCGAAAUCUGAAGAGUGUUUUUGACGAAGCCAUCAGGUGGGAGACCUCUCCCUAA